AUGCUAGGUAAACCUGUCCCGCUGACUGAACAGAUAGUGAAGAAGUAUGCACCAAAAGUGUGGCUUGCGAAGGGUGAGACCUACAAUCCUUCAAGUGUCGCAUUCCAUCUACAGAACGUUAAGGUGUACGAUGGCAAUAGAGCAUUUUCCAGCACACCUUCAACCCUUCCCACCUGUUCCGUGAACUGUUACAUGAGCAGCAAUCAACACCUGGACGAGGCUUCCGACAGACUGCCUUUCUUCAGUGGGGAGAGAGUCACAUCUUCCCAUCAGCCCCCUGUGUACGCUGUUGCCAAACAGAUCACCCCGACCACUACAGACAUAUUCUACUGGAUGUUCUACCCUUACAACAGGGGGAAGCGAGUUUGUAUCGGAGUUCGUAUUUUGGGUUCCUGUGUUGGUGGAUACUCUACUUUUGGGCAUCAUGUUGGUGACUGGGAGCACAUGAAAAUUCGAUUGGAGAACGGACAACCAAUUAGCAUCUAUGUUUCUGCACACGAUUUUGGAGGUGAAUACUACUGGGAUGCUGCAUCACAGACUUACAAUAAGCCCGGCGACAUUGUACGGACCGAUGGGACACAUCCCGUUUUGUAUUCAGCAAAGGGUAGCCACGGCCUCUGGUCCACCCCUGGCACCCGCACAUACAAGAGUAUCCCCAUCAACAAUAAACUUCAGGAUGAAACCAGUGCGGGGACGGCAUGGGACACUUGGAAGAACGUACCCUUCACCAUGCACCGGCCAGACGGAGGUUACACCGGAUCCUGGACAUGGUUGAACUUCAAGGGACGCUGGGGUAACAGGAAGUCCGGCUACUAA